CUGCCGGAGGAGCGGGUCAGUGAGCGAGCGCAGCCAGCCCCGCCAGCUCCUCCGGCCCGGGCGCACUCGCUCCCCGUCCCAUGAGGAGCUGAGCGGAGCGGGGCAGCAUGAACCGGGGCAGCGCCGGCUCCAUCGGCAGCGCCGCCUCCGCCAGCGAGUACCGGGUCUGCAGCAACUGCCGGAAAGUGCUGAGACAGGAAAAAAGAAUCCGAGUCUCUCAGCCAUUAACAAGAGGACCAAGUGCCUUUAUACCAGAGAAAGAAGUUAUGCAAGCAAAUGGUUUGAAUGAACGUACUAACCUUCUUGUGGAAGAAUACUCAACAUCUGGUCGCCUGGACAACAUCACACAGGUCAUGAGUUUACAUACUCAGUACUUGGAGUCUUUCCUCCGCAGCCAGUUCUAUAUGUUGCGUAUGGAUGGGCCCCUUCCUUUGCCUUAUAGGCACUACAUUGCUAUAAUGGCUGCUGCCAGACAUCAGUGUUCCUACUUAGUAAAUAUGCAUGUUGAUGAGUUUCUGAAGACUGGAGGGAUUGCAGAAUGGUUGAAUGGUUUGGAAUAUAUCCCACAAAGACUGAAAAAUUUGAAUGAAAUAAACAAACUUCUUGCACACCGACCCUGGCUGAUCACAAAAGAACAUAUUCAGAAACUUGUCAAGACUGGAGAAAAUAAUUGGUCUCUUCCUGAAUUGGUACAUGCUGUGGUCCUGUUGGCACACUAUCAUGCCUUGGCAAGUUUUGUAUUUGGUAGUGGCAUUAAUCCAGAGAGAGAUCCAGAUACCUCUAAUGGUUUCAGACUUAUAGCAGUCAACAAAUUCUGUGUCUGUGAUCUUGCCAAUGACAACAACAUCGAAAAUGCAUCCCUCACAAGUAGCAACUUUGGGUUGACUCAAUUGAAAAUGGAAGCCACCCUUCCCUGCAUGCAGCAGCAGCUCAGUGAGGCAGCAUUAACCCUUCCAUUGUCUUCUAAUCAUGGAGCUGCAAACACACCAUCAGAGAGCCUUCUAUGGUUGCAAUGGAGGCCCAACAGAACAAGCAGUUUGCAAAGCGUGCAGCAGACAUGGAGGAGACAGAAGCCACACCUAAGCCUGAUUGCAGAUUCUUUGAGUGAGCUGGAGGCCUUAAUGGAAAGAAUGAAGAGGCUGCAAGAAGAAAAGGAGGAAGAGGAGGCCUCGCAGGAGGAAAUGGCAACUCGUUUUGAAAAGGAAAAGAAAGAGAGUCUUCUAGUAGUCACUGGAGCAUUUGAUGAUGAAAUGGUUUCCACGUCGGAUGUCUCCCGUUAUAUCGAAGAUCCUGGUUUUGGGUACAAAGACUUUGCCAGGCGGGGAGAAGAACAUCUGCCAACAUUCCGAGCUCAGGACUAUACCUGGGAAAACCAUGGCUUCUCCCUUGUGAACAGGCUUUAUUCUGAUAUUGGGCAUCUCCUGGAUGAGAAGUUUCGGAUGGUCUACAAUCUCACAUACAACACUAUGGCUACACACGAAGAUGUUGAUACAACCAUGUUGAGAAGAGCUUUAUUUAACUAUGUUCACUGUAUGUUUGGAAUCAGGUAUGAUGAUUAUGAUUAUGGAGAAGUUAAUCAGUUACUUGAACGCAGCCUGAAGGUUUACAUUAAGACAGUGACCUGCUACCCAGAGAGAACUACCAAGCGCAUGUACGAUAGUUACUGGCGUCAGUUCAAGCACUCAGAGAAGGUCCACGUAAAUCUACUUUUAAUGGAAGCCCGUAUGCAAGCAGAACUUCUAUAUGCCCUUCGUGCCAUAACUCGUCACUUGACCUGAAGUAUCAAUUUGGAGGGGGCGAAGGAAGUUAAAUUGAUAUGUAAAGGCCUUUUUGAAAUAGAUACACAACAGAAGCUGUAUGUGAUGUAGCAUCAAGUUACUCAGUUCUCUAGUGUCAAAGUUUAGCCGUGUUUUUCACGGCUGUAAUGUGCAAUGAAGUGUUUUAUUUUCUUGAUGCUUAACAUUACUAAUGAUAGCAAAAAUAACACUGAGGAGCACUACUUUUUCUGGUUGGAUUUCAGGAUACUGGUCAAAAUCCUAAAACUAGUUUUGUUAUACUCCACUCUAGCGCUUUGUUCUGAAACACAGGAAAAAAGUGUUUAUCUUUUCAAGCAAUCAUUUUUCAGAUUAGUAGAAUUCAGCAAAGGCUUUUUGGACGUUCUAAGAGAUCUUAAAACAAUGUCCUAAUGCUAGCAGAGAGAAGCAUGUGAUAUAUUAAACUGAACUGCCUACAGGAUUCUUUAUCUCCUGGAGACUACUUGUCAGGCACUGUUUUACUACAACAAUUGAAGGUGAUGUGAAAUAUAAUGCCAACAUUGUCCACGUUUUAAUGUGACAUUAAUCAUGAUAAAUUCUACAGCAUGCUACUGAAAUGCAAAAUUCAGUUGUUUUUUUUUUUUUCCUUUCCUCUUUCCAAAAGAAGAGGUUUCACAAUUAUCCAUUUCAGUUGUACAUAUUAUGGUUCAAUCAUGGAUAAUCGUGUCUUACUGACAGUCACCCUCAAUCUUUUUUACAGCAUACAUGCUCAUCAUAGUGUUGCUUGCAAGUUCACCUAGUUGGCGCCUGUAAAUGUAAUACAGAGACUGACCAAAAAAAAUAUAUAUAUAUAUAUAUUUUUUUGCACUCUCCUUUCUCCAGUGCAUUUUUUAAUUAAGUAAAGCAAAGGAAGGCUAUCAUACCUGUUCUUUUCCUAGUAGGUUAUAGAAACUUAUUUCCUAAAAUUUUUUCAUUCAUAGUGUCUGAACACUUUAAUAUUCAAAGCUAAAAUUGUGUUUCUAUGCAUUAAUGUGUGUGAACAAAAGAAAAGUGCAAUAUUUAAAAAGAAAGCAAGCUUUUCCCUAUUAUGUCACUACUGAAGUGCCCUUUUUAUAUAACCAUAAAGAAAUUUUAAAACAAUUUCUUUAUUGUCCAAGGCUUAGCAUUUUUGUUUUAGCUUGAAUGGCUUCAGCAAACUUAUAUUUAAGUGCCAAAGCAGCCACAAAAUAAAAUGUACUUGGACACCUGGUAAUAUUGGGGAAGGGAAAAAAUAAGCUGCCAAAAAGUCACAUUUUUGCAUUAUUUUGUGUUGCUUGACUAGACUGAUUUUAAGAGCACAACAUUUCAGUGUUUAUAGCUUUACUUUGGAUUGUGUUAAUGAACCAGUGAAGUGCCUAAAUUGAUGCUUAAACUUUCCCAGUAGGACACAGCUGUCACUGCUAAAAAAAAAUCUUUUGGUUUUGGUUUUUGCUAUAAGAAGGGUGACUUUUUAUUUUGCUUUUACAUGUAUUAGAAACUAACCAGUUAGGUUUUUUAAAGUUCCUCUGAAUUGUAGUAGAUGUAAAAAAGCUUUUCCAUUGAAGACUGCAGUAUAGCUUUUUUAACAUAGUAGUCAUAUUUUUACAUCUUUCAUUGCGGGGAAACAAACAAACAUGGACCAGUAUGCUACUAAAGUUAGUUUUCGUCCUCCUUCCCUCUCUUAAUAACUUGCUGUGACACCCCACAUGUUGGGAGUUUUUGCUUUAGCUGUCUGUUCCAGAUUGGAAAACUAAAUGAUUGUACAUUUAAAUACACUUUUUCUGCACUUUUGGACAGCAGUCUAUUUGCAUAAAAAGCCUUGUGAGAAAGAAAUUACUAAUUUUUUUAAGCCAAGAUAAGAAAUUAUCUAUCAAACUGUGCAUCAGAAUCUCUCUUGUAUAAAACAUUUCAUAAAUAAGAUUUAUUAAUCUUGUAUAGCCAACUACAAAGAUUAUUCAGACAAAGUGGUGAGAGGUUGAUAUGCAUAACCUUAGAUUUGACUUUAACUUGUUAUAAUCUUUUUCAACUUAACUAUAGUGGUUGCACCUACUGAGUUUUUUUGCUUGUAACAAUUAUAUCUGGUAAGGACGUUCUUCAGUUAGCAACUCUGUCUGUCUUUAAGUGAUGGGAACUGUACAGUGAAAUUCCUUUGAUAUGAGAAGCCAGGUAUUUCUCAAGAACAGUUAAGUUUUGGAAGGAAGGUGAAACUAGUUUUAGGUAACUAUCAUAACCACUUAAUUCCUCUUCAGAAAUAUAAGGAUUUUAAAGUAGCUUGAGUGUUAGUUGUGGAAACUUUAGUGCCUUUAUUUUAAUCUUUCGCUACAGAAUUUACUUUUCCAGCUGAAUUGCCUUCUCAGCAAAGUAUGUGAUUAGAUUUUGAAAUACAUAAACUGUAAAUGAAUUGAUCUCUUCAUAGUGAAUCAGUUUUAAAAAAACAACAACAAAACUUGAUUUCAGAAGGUGCCAUAUUUAAUCUAAUAUGGCCCUCAUGGCAUUCCAUGUUGGGAAAUGUCAUUUGACAACUAGUUUGCUGUAACUUUUCUAUAUAAAAUGCAAACUUAAAAGUUACAACGCUGUUUUCCACUUUUCCAGAGUAUUGAAUUUACUGUAUAAUCAUUUAUAGCCUAGCUUUUAUACUCAAAAUGUGAUAUUUUUAAAAUAUAGAUGUUUGUUCAGGACAGGUGUUAAAAGUAUACGAUUAUACCGUAUAUUUUACCUACAACUUAGGCUCACUUUGUGCCAAACUUAAAUGUGCAACUGUUUUUAAAAAAUGCACGUGUGAAUGUGAAUCCUCAAACUUCGUUGCUUGUUAACUUCCUUUGUCAGAAAUGUACCUUAAUAAUCCAGGGGAGUACAUGCACAGAUACUGAUUUUUUGCUUUCCCUUGCUGGAGUUUAUAUUUACCAGCAUUAACAUUUAGUCAUCAAAAUCCCAAUCUUCACCAAGGUAAAAAGACAAAUGCAUCAUCUCCUAUCUGCUGAAGAAAAGGCCUGAACUAUUGGCUCACUAGGGUAAUGACUAACCACAUACUGUAGGAAAUGCUGUAAAUAGGGAAUCCCUUUUUUUAUGCGAUUUUAGUGUUUAUUAACCUUAAGCGCAUUUUAAAAAUAUUUGUAUUCUGGUCAGGUGCAGAACAAUACUCUCCGAAAUUGCUUGUCUGUAAUGAAAAUCAGUGGGGAGAAGUACAAGCUAGAAAAGCCAUUUGCAUUAGCUCAGUAUUCUGUGGAAUAUAAAACUGGCAAUUGAACAUCAUGGGAUUGUAGUCCUAUAAUAACAGAAUUCAUUUUAAACUAAGUAAAAUACAAUUUAAGCUAACAGCAGGUGAUUCAAACUGUUGUGGAGUCCCAUGAGAACUAAUUUUUGAAAUGCUUCUGUAGUUCAUUUAUCCAUCAAAAUCCAUGGUGCUACAGUUCUAGUGCAUAGGAUGUCUCCAUGAAUAUUGCCGGGAUUUACGCAGAAUUGGCCCAGAGAGUUCCCCCCCCAUCAGCUUUUUAACAAAACAACCAAAAAACAAGCUAAUUUAUUUAAUGUUUUAGCUACAAAAUCAGCUGCAAAUCUAAAAAUUACAUAUUUAGGGUUACCGUAAAUUUAAGGCAGAUUGGAACAAAUCAGAAAAACAAGGUUUUUAAUAAUAAAAAAAGCUUAAAUUGAAAGGAACAAAGGGCCAGAUUUUUAAAGGUAUUUAGGCACUUAAACAUGCAGAUUAGGUGCCUUCUAGGAUUUCCAAAAUGCCUCCCCAUUACGUUUAAUGGAUGUUAGGUACCUAGGCACUUUUGAAAAUCCUGGCAGGCUCCUAUCUCCAUCUCUGAACCAGAUUUUUGAAGGUGUUCAGUUGCCAAAAGUUAAUAGGAUGGAAAUAAGUUUCCCUGGAUAUUAAAGGAAUAGUGUGAUUUGCAUUGGUUUAUUGACAUACAUAGGUUUUAUUACCUUUUUCAAAAGAUCUUAAUCUGUAGGCUGUAGAGUAAAAUCUUGACAUCCUUUCUCUUGCAUAUGCAUUUGUUCAUCAUAAGUACAUGCAUUUAACAGAUGUGCUCAGACUGACCAGUUUAGAUUCUUGUCUUCUAAGGGGUAAAUUCUGCAGCCUCCACUUAAACCAAGCACCCAUUGGAUUCAGUACGCAUAUAGCCUAUGUCAGGUCUUUAUAUCCAUAGGGCCUGAUCCAAAACCCAUUGACUUCGUAUUGACUUCAGUGGUCUUUCAAGCAGGCCCAUAGUGCAUAAAUAAGAGAGGGAAGUGGAUUAACCAUCUGUAAAUGAAAUUUACCCAUGGCUGAUCUAGACAGGUGCUCUGCUUGUGGCACACAAAUGCUGCCAACCUGGCCAAAAGUGUCAAAUUUUUCAGAAUCAGUUUUUAAAUUAGAGGGAAAGGCCCCAUCCUAAGUGGUGCAGCCACUAGUUUCUUUAUUUCUGGAAGAUUUUAAAUCAAGAAAUCUUUCCCAAGUGAAAGAGUUUGGCAAGCUGUACACAUCACAAAAUCACACACCCCUUAGGCAUGGGAGACAUGUAGGACAAGAAUAGCAGAGGUGUCCCAGAUUAGGAUUGAUGCAUUGGCAGAGCAGUGGGCGGAUGCAUGAAUAGCAUCUGCGUACUCUAUGCUAUUUUAACCUUUACAACAGCUAUACUUGGCCAUGCAGUUGGUCCCCACAGGCACCCCAUUUCCAUCUCUUGUCCAGCUGAAUAAUCCUCCUGCUUUUCACCAAGGGCUCUGAGCCCCUCUUUCCAAUGGCUAAACCUGCCUACAAAAAGGUCUCUCUCUCACUAAAUGUUCGGAGAUAAGUUCCCAGUCUCUGACCUGUCAAAGCCUAAAUGUCAUGCUUCCCUUCUAAAAGUUCAGUAUUGAGUACCUAUUUUAAAUAGUGAAAUCACACGAACUGUCAAGGAGGGAGACUAGCUUAAUAGCUUUAUUUCUAAGGGUCAUCUAAUUCUGCCAUCCUUAUGAUAUGAACCAACUGUACCGCUUGUGGAGGGGUGCUAUCAGUAUGGGCAAUCGGGAUCAGAUUCUGGCUCUGAUUACAAUAAAAAGCCUAAAGAAGAACUCUGUGCAAGCUUGAAAGCUUGUUUCUUUCACCAACAGAAGUUGGCCCAAUUAAAGAUAUUACCUCACCCACCUUGUGUCUACAAUAAAAGAAGCCCACUAGUACCUACACUUGACCCACUCAUGAAGGCUCUUCUCAGGCAAAACUGCCCUUGACUUUGGGAGUUUUGCCCAUGUAUGGGCUUUAAACCUAGACCACUCAGUUCUCUUACACAUUCAUUUUAGUCUCUUACUCAGUUGUAUAAAGGUAUUUCAACAGGGAAUCACUUGAGACUACGUGAAAAGACCCUUAAAAUGGGGUAGAUUUCAUAAUGGCCUCUAGAACAAAUUAUCUUCUUGUAGGACAACUCCUAAGCAUAAAUACAUCUGCUCAUGAUUACUUGACACAGCGAAGGUUUUUUAUCCCAUUUAGGAGGGCCUGAUUCUGCUUUAAUUGAAAUCAGUGGGAAGUUUUGCUCCUUAUUCUGAUAUCAUAACAUCCUUAUGAUAUUGAUGAAUAUACAAAAUAAUGGGCCUAACCAUGCAAAUACUGUUACCUGAGUAAAUUUACUUGUAUGAAUGAAGUUACUCAUAUGCUUAAGCAUCUGCAAAUAUGAGGUUGUUUAACAGGAAGGAAGUAAUAAAAUUAGGAGGGAAAUCAAUGUUUUUAUUCCCUAAAAUAAAAUAUCAUUAAAUGGAUAAAAAUACACAGAUUGUACUUCUGUAUGCAGGGGCGAUGUUGGCAACACUUUAUUUUUCCCCCAAGAUUACCAAUGAAAUUUCCUUACAAAAGAUACGGCUUUGAGUUGCUUGGUUGCAAUGGAGUAAUUGUGGUAUCUUGCCCAUUUUUAUCAUUCUGCAGUACAAAGGAAUAGGGGGAGCCAGCCUUUAAUUUUUGAAAGCACAAACAAACUGUUGUUCGAAUCUCCUUUUCUGGCAGUUAUAAACUUCUUUAAGGCAAAAUUUUAAGAAUUCUGGAGCAUCAGAGGCCUGUUCAGCUUUAAGGAUGUAGAUAAAAUGGCACCAAAUUCAUCCAAACUGUCAUCUACACUUUGCCACAUCCAGUUUUACGUUGUGCCUCUUCAUGCUUAAUUCAUUUUGUCACCAUGAUUCAAACAGUGCCCCCCACCAAUACACAUGAUAAAUGAAAAGGUAUUGUGUGAUUACAGGGAACAAUAUACUCAUGCUCACAGGACAGGUACAGCUACUCAACAAGCCUCCAAAAGUAGGAUAAAUAUUGAGAUCUUGUAAACUUGGGCUCCAGUCUUGAGACUCUGAGAGAAUACACAAAGCCACAAAAUACUUUCUUGAUUAUGACAGAACUGGAUAUAAACUGUAGCUUACAAGAUAGGUUUUUAACUUGAAAUCUGUACCCCAAUUUUUGCUGGACAGCCACAUCAUGAAUGUAUAUGCUAUGUCUUUGUAUCUGAAACACAAUUCAAAAAUCACACUGCCAACUA